UUUUUUUCAGUACGCAAUUAAACCAAGAUGACUCAAAAAAUUAAGCUCUUUUGUAUUCUCGACGGCGACUCUUCCGCAUUUGAAGUCCAAUUGGAUGCUGAUGACUCAAUUGCUGCUCUCAAAAAAGCAAUCAAGAAGGAAAAAGAACCUGAAUUCGACUACAUUCCUGCCGACAAAUUGAAUCUCUUCCACGUCUCUGUUCCUGAUGAGGGCGCUACAAUCAAUCUCGCCAAUAUUGAAUCAAAGGAGCUACUCACCAGAGCAACAAGCAAGAUCUCAAAGAUAUUUGGCACAUCGCCUCUGCCUGAGGAGACUAUCAACGUCAUUAUUCAGCGGCCAUUGGAAGAUCCGUCUACUUCCACUUCGAACUCGGAGAAAAAAAGGAGGGCCGAUGACUUAUUAUCGCCAGUUUUGAAAAAGAAGAGAUGGACUGUUAAUGGAGCGAUCCGAUUCAUUGAUAUAAAAUCAGUCUAUUAUGUUGACACUGCGAAGCAUGACGUGAACAGGAGAAUUUUGAAUGCUGUUACAAAUCACGAGUUAGCAAUGCUCAUUGGUGCACGUGCAUCUGGAAAGACAACAAGGUUGAAUGGACUUAUAACUCAACUAACUGAAAGUGGAUACCGUUGUUUUAUAGUUUCAUUUGAGGAAGUUAUCAAUGAUGAGUCUGAUUUCUGGAGAAUUUUUGGAAAAGCUCUUCGCCGCAACUAUAAAGUCGAUGACAUUACAACCCAAGCUGAUUUUCUCGAUGCUUUCGGUCGAACUAAAUUCAAGGACGAGAAGAUUGUCAUCUUGGUUGACGAGUUUGAUUUACUGUUUAACGCAAGCGACGAGAUCCGCAACCAAUGCUUACAGGCGUUUCGAGCAAUCCGACAGAACAACCAUUUAUACGCCAUUGACAGUAUUGUUGUAUGCGGGACUUUUAGCCUUCAAGACUUGAGCUCAACAAAUCAACGUGUAUCUCCUUUCAAUAUCAGUGAGAUUCACAGGAACCCGUAUUUCACUCUUGAUCAAACGCAGCAGCUCUUUAAUGACUAUGCGAAGGAUGAGAUGAUUAAAAUAGAUGAUGAGAUUAUUCGAGACUUACACUCGAAGUCAAAUGGUCAUCCAGGAAUGAUUUGUCUUUGUGGACGCUCCAUUCAUGAGGAUCUUCGCUCGAAAGUCAACGACUCGACGAAUUGUCUCGAUUACGAUACAUGGCAGGUCUUCUCCACACACAAUCAAAAUGAGAGGAUGUUUUCGUACCAUACUUUUAGAAGGAUGGUUGAUUCACUUUUGAGUGAAUCAGCUACAGAUGCUGUUAAUCUUCUCCGAACAGAUUUUAUUGGGUAUCUCGGCGAUAUAUCUAUCACAGACAUGGAACAACAGAGAUUGGCAGACUUCCUAACUGCAGAAGGGGUGCUGAUAAGACUUGAUGGCAGUAACUACCGUAUGGCCUCAGCAUUCAUUGACUCGUUUGUGAGGAGAUAUAUUAUUCCAUCAAAAUAUCCCAACGCUCCUUCGGAGUCACCUCCAAAGGAAGGUCAAGAAGAAUUAUUGAAUAUUCUGGAGACUAUGAAGAUUGCUCUUCGAUUUUUCGAUAAAAACUUGAUUAUGCAGGCGGGAAGUCGAUCAUACAAAAGAUCGGGGAAAACAGUUAAGGCUAUGGGUAGAUACAACGCCAGUGUCCCUCGAGAAAGCGUCUAUGGCACGGAAUUGAUGAGAGUUCUCACCAACUGGCUAAACAAAACAAAAAAAUAUGAGAUCAUUGGCCAGUGGCACCUCCGUGAGCUUGAGGACCACAAAUAUAGUGAUAUUGUCAUCAAGAAAGCAGGAGAGCCGACGGUUGUUAUCGAGCUUUUGGCUACAGGAAGUCAAUCUUCUAUUAAGGACCAUAUCAGCAAGACGUCAACUUACAAACGUUUACUCUCAGCAGAAGAAGCUUGGGUUGUUCAUUUUACCUGUGAGGACGACUAUUUUAAGCACCCAUACUGGCAAACCGACGCGGAACUGGACCAAGGGGUGAAUUUGGUGCAUUUCUGGCACGAUGGGGAUUUUAAUACAGUGCGGAUGAGUGCUCGCCGGAAGGACAGUAGUGGCAAUACUCAAAGAAUUGAAAAUGAGCUGUUGACUGUCUAACAGCAAUUCCAUUUUUUUUACCCAACAUUGUAAGGACGUCCCAUUUUGUUGACAUAGGCUUUAUAAUUUUGCAGAUCUGUUCACAUAGCUGUUACUUUGUAUAUU